UUGUUGCUAAAACAAUCAUAAAUUGCCAGGUGUUUGCCAAUCCCGAGUGACCUUUCGGUCUUGGCAACCACUGUUUUAUCAAUAGCUGACGUUCAGUUAUCGUUCAGGUAUCUGAUUGAUGGUCCACUCAGUCCGCGAAAAAUGGCGAAGAAGGGAGGAGUCCAGCAGCUCCAGGCAGACCUUACCACGGAUGAGGAGUUUGAGAAGUUCCUGCAGCGAUCCGGAUUGCUGGUGCUCGAUAUAUACUCAGAGUGGUGCGGUCCCUGCCUCGGAAUGGUGGGCAGCCUGCGGAAGAUCAAGCUCGAGCUAGGAGGCGACAACCUGCAGCUGGCCAUCUGCAAGGCGGGCUCCAUAUCCUAUCUGAAGCGGUUCAACAAGAAGAGCGAGCCCACCUGGAUGUUCGUCACGAACGGCAAGGCCAUCAACAUCAUGUUCGGCACGGAUGUGCCCAAGCUGGUGGCCAUGAUCACCCGGCUGCUGCAGUCGACGAUGGCCAGGGAAUCGCACCUGAGCUACGAGGUCACCGAGCUCCAGCCGAUGGAGCUGGAGCAGCUGGAGGUGCGCAACAAGGCGCUGCGCCUGGCCGAGGAAAUCGAACUGGCGGAGAGCCGGCGGAAGCGGCUGGAAUAUCUUCACAGCGUCACCGACUGCAUCAUGGCCAACCUGCCAGAUAUCGGGAUCACGGUGUUUGGGCCACAGGUGAAUCGCGACAUGUUCAAGAAGCUCUCGGAGCCGGCUGAUCCGCUUAAGAUCCAGUGCAAGGACCGCAAGGUCUUUCCCAUUCUGCCCGGCGACAUCGCCACGGUCAACUUCGCCGCGGAGAAUCCCCUGGCCCCGGAUGUCAUCGAGCAGCUCUACGACAAGGAGUUGCUCAUGUGCUUCUGGAAGGUGGAGGAGGUGCUUGGCACGCCGCCCACCGUGCUCCGUCAAUAUGCCCACGAGCUCACCAAGGAGACCAUCAAGCCGCCGGACGAGUUCAACGAGGAGGAGAUCACCGUGCCACCCAUGAUUGUGCCACUGGAGGUGACCGUGGAGAUAUCUGAGCCAGAGCCAUCAUCGGAGAAUGGGCUGGAGCAGUCGGACGCCGAGCACCUGGCCGAGAUAAGGAGUGAAAAUGUAGGGGAGGGCGAGGAAGAGAUAGAGCCAGAGGUAGGGGCGGCGCCAGAGGCUGUUCCUGCAGCCGAAACUGCUCCGGUUCCGGCUAAGAAAACGAAGACCAUUCGGAUACCACCGAUUUGGGUGCCCAGCGACCAGCGCACUCAUGCAGCGCUCAUCUACACGUACUUCCGUGUCCAGACCACGACCUUCCUUCCGCCGGAUCCCGUGCCGGAGCCCCCGCACAUCGUGAUGAUCUUCGACGCCUACAAGAAGAAGGAUCUGGCCAUUCUGCUCGAGACGUGUCGCGAGGACAUUCCGCUCUACGGCUUCUACAACGGCGACAAUCCGCUGACGGCGCAGUUCAUUGCCAACUCCGUGGAGAAGUACAAUGCCAAGCCGUAUGUUCCUACGGACAAGAUUGUGUUGAAAGUGAACAAGUUGAAUAGUCCGACCAUUCCCACGCUGAUGGCCUACGGUCCCAGCUAUGUCAGCGCCAACUCGGUGGUGGGACACCAGGAGGCCAUCCAGUUCUUUCCUGCCAACUACAAGUCUGCUCUGCAGGAGGAGGAGGAACUGCACGCCGUCAAGGCGGAGAAGCCCAAGAAGCGCAAGAAGAAUAAAAAGGGAGGCGAUCCCGAGGAGAGCGGCAAGGCUGAUGCCGGACCGGCGGAUGCGCAGCUGGAGGCGGACGAGGCGGUGAAGACCUCGCCGGAGGAAGGCGCCUCCACGACGAGCAGCGGUGAAGACAGCUGCGAGAGUCGUCCCGCGACAGCCGAUGGCGCCAAUCCCGACGCUUCGGCCUCUUAGAUGACCUAGCUCCAAUAAAAAGUACUGUUUCAUUCGUAAAUAUUAUGAUAUAACACAAUAAUACCCAUAUAUCCUUUUCCUUAACGGCAAAAUUGAAAAAAUUAUACAAAAAAUAA